GUUUUCGCGACCAUAUUUGUUAUGGCAGCAGGAUUUGUUGCUCCGUGAAAAACGUUGAUCUUUCCACCAAAAUGGAACUUUCCCGCGACGAAAGUGAGCGCCAGCUGUAGAUCGGGGUGUGUGCCAUUGUUUGCCGCCAGUGUUUUCCACAGUGUGGUGUUUGCUACCGGAAGAGAAGCUUUUUUCACUCGGGCCGAUUCUCGUCGCCAUUACUGCCUUCAGGGGACAAAAGACGGGUAGUAAAGAAGCGUCAGCAACAACAACAACAAGAACAACAUUGUCAUCGGGGCACAGCUCCAGACUUUGAAGACGCACAGUAAUUCGUGUUCGUUCGGUACUGGUGGAAACGUGGGCUUGGGUGGUGUAUGAUAUCUUUUAUUCAGUACACGCUGAGUAUCAUGAGCAAUCUAAGCAAUAGCCACAAUAGCAACACUGGAAGCAGCCAAAAUUCUGCUGCCGAGGGCACAAUGGAACGGGGAAGUUGCAUUCUGGUCCGAUAUGCCAGCCAGAACUCCCUGGAUGAGAGUUCCCAAAAGCAGCUGCCGAGGUCUAAUGGAAAAGACAAAACAGCCGGAGGAGCCUACCGCAACAAUGUGCACACGCAGCGAUCGUUUGAAGCCAUGAAUAAUAUGCGAGAACAAAAUCUACUAUGCGAUGUGAUACUGGUAGCCGAUGGCAUCGAGAUACCAGCGCACAAGAUGGUGCUAGCUUCGUGCAGUCCGUACUUUUACGCCAUGUUUACCGGGUUCGAGGAAAGCCGCCAGGAUAGGAUCACCCUGCAAGGUGUCGACCAUCGAGCGCUGCAACUGCUAAUCGAGUACGUGUACACGUCGGUCGUGGAAGUUACCGAGGAUAACGUGCAGGUCCUGCUGACGGCGGCCAACCUGCUGCAGCUGACCGAUGUGCGUGAUGCUUGCUGUGAUUACCUGCAAACCCAGCUGGAUCCGAGCAAUUGUUUGGGAAUCCGGGACUUUGCCGACAUCCACGGAUGCAUCGAUCUGUUGAACUACGCCGAGACGUACAUUGAGCAGCAUUUUUCGGAGGUUGUUCAGUUUGACGAAUUUUUGAAUCUCACCAGCGAACAAGUUGUCAAUUUGAUUAAAAGUGAUCGGCUGUCGGUGCCCUCGGAGGAGAAGGUCUACGAGUGUGUGAUAACGUGGAUCCAGUACGACAUUUGCAUCCGCCAGUCAUAUCUGGCCGACCUGAUGGAACACGUCCGGCUGCCACUGCUCUCACAGGAAUACCUUGUGCAACGGGUCGAAAAGGAACAGCUACUGAAGGGCGAUCUCCAGUGCAAAGACUUCAUCAUCGAAGCCCUCAAGUACCAUCUGUUGAAGGGGGAGCUGAAGACGACUUUCAAGACGCCACGCACCAUUCCGCGGCAACCGGUUGGGCUGCCCAAGGUGCUGCUCGUCAUUGGGGGUCAAGCACCGAAGGCGAUUCGUUCGGUGGAAUGCUAUGAUCUGCGCGAGGAACGUUGGUAUCAGGUCGCAGAAAUGCCUACGCGACGUUGCCGCGCCGGGUUGGCCGUUCUCGGCGAUAGGGUGUAUGCUAUUGGUGGUUUUAAUGGUUCGUUGCGGGUACGUACGGUAGAUGUGUAUGAUCCGGUUCAGGAUCAGUGGACGACCUGUAAUAGUAUGGAGGCCAGACGAUCGACUUUGGGGGUGGCGGUUUUGAAUAGUUGCAUUUUCGCGGUUGGGGGUUUCGAUGGUUCAUCGGGAUUGAGUUCGGCGGAGAUGUUCGAUCCGAGGACGCAGGAGUGGCGGUUGAUUUCCUCGAUGUCGACUAGAAGGAGCUCGGUUGGAGUUGGAGUGGUGUAUGGUCUGUUGUAUGCCGUUGGAGGGUACGAUGGAGCCUCGAGACAGUGCUUGGCAUCGGUGGAGAGGUACAGUCCGGCAAUGGAUACGUGGACUCAAGUUUCGGAAAUGACGGACCGUAGGAGCGGAGCCGGAGUGGGAGUUUUGGAUAAUAUUCUGUAUGCAGUUGGUGGGCAUGAUGGGCCAUUGGUGAGGAAAUCGGUGGAGGCUUAUAAUUCGGAAACGAAUACAUGGCACAAGGUUGCAGAUAUGGCCUUCUGCCGUCGGAAUGCUGGAGUUGUCGCUCACAAGGGAAUGCUGUUUGUGGUGGGUGGCGAUGAUGGGACUUCGAAUUUGGCAUCGGUAGAGGUUUAUACACCGGAGACGAACACCUGGCGGUUGUUGCCAGCUUCGAUGAGCAUCGGGCGCAGCUAUGCCGGUGUAGCAAUGAUAGAUAAGCCCAUGUGAAGCGAACAGCAGGGCGCUACCGCCGCCACGGCAGCAAGCAGCUCUAGGUAUGCGAAUUGUUCGAUCAUUGGUAGUGCAGCAAACAAUAGCAACAUCAAUAACAGCAAUAGCCACAAUAACAACCAAAACAACGAUGAUGAGAAUAGUCAAGCCGAAGGGCUGAACUCUGAAGCUGGUGCUGUAUGCUAUAAUCAGGCUUCCAAUAAUAACAAUAACAACAAUAACAAUAAUAACAAUGCCAAUAACAUCAACAACAACAACAAUAACAAUGUACACUACGAAAACAUUUACGAGUCAAUUGAACAAUACGCUGCUGCUGCUGCGAAUGCUGGCGUGGCUGCGGUUGCCCCUGCCAUUGCUCAAAAUCCGCUGGGAGUCAUCCCGCAACCUCCUCCUCUUGUGCUUCAAGCCAAUCAACAACCCCAACCGGGACCGUCGUUGGCCGGUAUGGGACCUCGUAGCAACAAUAUUCAACCGGGAGUCGCUCCAUGUCCACCGCCACCUCCGAGCAUGCUACAGAUGCAACAACAAUAUCUUUCGCUCGCCUACCGGAAUGAACUGUACGAUAGAACUGCCGGAUACGAUGUGCCCCGUGGUGGAGCUCCACGCAACAACUACUACCAAAAUCAACAAUCAAUGAAUUCAGGUCCGCGUUACCAAAACCUUCAUCUUGAUCUGAAUCGACCAAGACAUUCCCAGAAUAACAGUAUGCGAGCUCCGCGACAACGCAGUUUUGACGAUACGGAAUCUUAUCAGUACCAUCGAUAUCAGAAUCAAAACUUUGCAAAGUUUGACAACGUCUAUGAGAGGGUUCGGGAAGAACCGGCUUACCAAAAUACAGGAUCAUUUGGGGCAGCAGCUGCCGGACCAUCCAAUCGGGGAGUGUUUGGAAGAUUGGAUGUUAUUGGGCAUGGAGUUGGCCGUAUCGAGCGACAUUUGAGUUCUUCCUGUGGGAAUAUCGACCAUUACAGUCUUGGAGGACACUACGCCGUUCUGGGACACAGCCAUCUUGGUACUGUCGGUCAUAUAAGACUGAAUCCCGCUACUAACAAUCAACCUAGUGCAACCGGGAAGGAUUCGUCAUCCGUCAAUGUGAAGAGUUUCUUCAGCUGUUUGGGUGGUGAGAAUUCACAAUCAAUGAACAAUAUCAGCAAGAGUGGAGCUACGGGACAGCCGGGUCCUUCUGGAGGUGCGACCGGUGGUGAAGCAGCUGCUGGUGGUAGUUCAGGAGCAACUGCAUCUUCUGGUUCUUCAUCAGUGACCGCUAAGGUAACUGGAACAAUUCCAAAAAUUAAGAGUAAGUCCAAAAAGGAAAGUCAAAGUAAUUCUGAGCAGAACGAUGGGGAAACCCAGGUAAAUCGGAUCUCUAAACCAUCGCUGCAGUGGCUGUUGGUCAAUAAAUGGCUUCCCUUGUGGGUUGGUCAAACCCCUCCGGACUACAAGUUUAUCGAUUUUAACUUCAUGUUCUCUCGAAACUGUGAUGGGUGUGGAAGUACCACGAAUCAUCAGGAGCUCAUGAGAUUGGACGGACAAGCGGAAAUGCGUUCGCACGAGUACGGUGACUACAUUCCACCGGCUAGAGAGUAUCCAACUAUGAAUGGCAGCUACCCAAGGGUCCUACGGAAUACUCCGCAGUUGUCUCGUUUGCGGGAACACGAAUACGAAAACGUCCCCGUUGAUGCUCCUUCGGGUCGUUUGGAUCACGCUGGAUCUCGAUCGGCAUUCAGUCAUGUCAAUCGAGCUAGGUCGGAAAGUCCAGCUCGAUCUGGCACCUCCAGACGUGAGGAACGCAGUGGUGGAGAUCCCUUCCGUAAUUGGGCCUUCAAUUUUGAGGAUAAUAGCUUCCGGCCGGCCGGAGCGGUUCCACGUCCUCGUGAAAUUCGUCGGAUUACCGAUGGAACUUUCCGUGCUACCGAUUUUCUACAGGACAACGAAAGAGCUGGUCCCAGCCGAGAAGUACCGCGAGAAUCGCCCAAGACCCCUCCGACCAUUGUCGUGAAUGAGUCGGCUACUCCUUCGUAUUCCCGUGCGAAUUCCGCUUCGCCUCCGAAAAGCAAGGAAUCUUCCGUAUCACCGGUUCAACCAGAGCGAGGUGGAACACCGGCGUCAACUUCAUCGGAUUCGGAAAAUUUCGUUAUGGAUUCCAUUGCCACCGAUGCUGGCGGGCCAGCUGAGGAUAGUAACGGGGGUGAAGGUUAUGGUGGUGGUGGUGACGGUGGUGCUAGUAGUAGUAUUCAGUGCAUAGAAAACAUUGGGGACAUGGGAGAAGCUGCUGCAAAAGAUAAGGAGGGUGCUUCUUCCCAGGAGACGUCCGAAUCGUCCAACUUUGAAGACAAUGCUGCCGAAUCUUCCGCAUCCGAUGAUGAAAAUGCUGAUGACAGCAACGUUGACGCAACUUAAACAUUUGCACUACCAAUCUAUCAUGAGGCUUCUUCAUCUGAUCGCUCGGGUUGACAAGUAAUUUUACUUACGUUGCCGUAUAGCUGCCUGAACGAGGAUUUUCUUGUCGUUCAGAUUUUCAAGGGAUGUCGUAGAACUUGUCAUUUAUUAGCUGCCAAAAAAGAUCGACUAGGAAAGGUUUGGGAGAUUCUAGGCAACAAUUGCAUGCAAAAGUUAGAGAAAGAAGGUAUCUUAAACUGUGGCAGUUAUAUGGUGGCGAACUAACAAACCCAUUUUAAAAUUUUGUCAACCCUUGCAAUUAAUUCCAAUACUUCCCACAUCGUGUAACCUAAAUCAUUUCCAUCCUCCCUUAACACAAGACUACUUUUUGAAUCUGUGGCAAUUUGUUUAGUCCUUUAGUCUGUUUUAUUCCCGCUUGCUCAAUAUUUAUUGAUAGAUUCUAUUUAUUCCUAAUAUAUUCGAAUUCCUCUUUUAUACUGAAGCACUGUUUUCUUUUUUCUACAAGAAACCAUAUUUUAGAUCGAGAUUAGAGCAUUUAUUGGCGCAGAAACUCACUUUCCAACCUUUGAUUACAAUUAUGUUAGAAAGCAUUUAGCGGAUAGGUUAUAUAAUUGUCAAGACUUAGAUUUUAAGGCGUUUACUGCAACCAAGACUCGUUAAAUCUUAAUAAUAAUGUCGUCGGAACGAAUCGAACAAUAUCAAUGUAUUUUCCAGCCAGUUUGUGCAACAAUAAACACACAACAACACACAUACACAUGUUUACCAUUAGCGGAGGCCUAUCAUAAGCACCUACCUACACACACAGAACAAGGCAUUUCUUCUUUAUUGCGUUCUUCCGUUGAAAGUAGAUAUCUACACUUUUCUUAUACAUUCACAAGUUAAUCAGAGUACUAAACAUGGUUAUUAGGAAAGUUAGUCAAUUGUCAUAAAAUUCAUAACACAGAUAGCACUUACACACUCACAAGCCGCCCGAGAGAGCGUGCGCUAACGAAACAGACAAACACGAAGACAUAAUAUCUACGACACAGAUACAGAAACAAUGAAGCAUAAGUUAUAAUCAGUACAAAACCCAGUAAUGGUGAGACCUAUCAUGAUCGGAAAUCUACAAUUAUUUUACCUUGCGCAUCAAUCUCAACCAACACUGGACGGCGGUUCAAUGAAAUAUGUACUUUUUUAAUUCUCAGAUGUAGUAGUAGAGUGACAUACACGCAUACAUACACGUUUAUAGGCAUAUAAAACCGGGGAAAAGUGGCACGGGAAUAUUUAAUCCUUUUAGUCAGUCAGUUAGAAAUAUUCCAAUAUUUACGAAUCAAACGAAUUCAUCUGAAAACAAAUACAAAAAACGCAAAACACAAGAAUAACAAAACAUAAAAAAAAACAACGUAACAACAUUUGCUGUAGUUCUGGUAGUUGUGAGUCCUAUUCAUAUUAGUCAUAUACACAUACGGCAUUGCCCAAGAAUGGAACAAUGGAUUGAUAGAUGCAUUCGGAUAAAGCAUUCAAUAAAUGGAUUUAACAGUU